UUGCAAUUUUGCAAGUUUAUAUCCCGAGCGCGAGCGUUGUCAAGCUCACACGGCUUCGAUAUUUCGUUCGCACCGCAUACUUAUAGUAACGAUAGUCUUGACCGAGCAGCAUGAAGGUGAAAACGAUCAGUAGGGGCGAGAGCUAUGCACGAGAGCGCUCUGGGGAUAUUUACCGAGUUCAGAGAAACUUGGACCCAACCCUGCACCCGUUUGAACGAGCAAGAGAAUACACACGUGCCUUAAAUGCAACCAAGUUGGAGCGUCUGUUCGCCAAGCCGUUUGUUGGAGCUCUUUCUGGACAUAUUGAGGGUGUAUACUGUGUUGCGAAGCAUCCGACAAAAUUAACCACGAUAUUUUCUGGAAGCGCCGAUGGAGAGGUACGAAUAUGGUCUCUCACAAAUCAGAAGACAACAUGGACCACUAGAGCACAUAGAGGAUUUGUUCGCGGCAUCUGUUCGAUACCAGACUCUGACAAUUUCUUCACGGUUGGAGAGGACAAAAUUGUGAAGAUGUGGUCAACCGAGCAAACAGAGCCUCUGCAAACAUAUGUUGCCCGAAAUGCGUUCACCGGCGUCGAUCAUCAUCGUUCGAAGAGGACAUUUGCCACAUCAAGUACCCAAGUUGAUAUUUGGGAUCACGAGAGGGCCGAGCCGGUACAAUCAUUCUCAUGGGGCUCCGAAACAGUAACGGCGGUAAAAUUUAAUCAGACGGAGACAAGUAUAUUCGCAAGUUGUGGAACAGACCGUACCAUUAUUCUCUACGACCUUCGAACCAGCUCCCCCUUAUCGAAGGUCAUUAUGUCCAUGCGAACAAACGCUAUCGCAUGGAACCCGAUGGAGGCCUUCAACUUCACAACGGCAAAUGAGGACCACAAUUGCUACACCUUUGAUAUGCGAAAGAUGGACAGUGCAAUGAAUGUGCAUAAAGAUCAUGUCUCCGCUGUUCUUGACAUUGAUUACUCACCAACCGGAGAAGAGUUUGUGACGGGAGGAUACGACCGCACAGUGCGCAUCUUCAAGACGCGCGAGGGACACAGCCGGGAUGUAUAUCAUACUAAGCGCAUGCAGAGAAUUUUCUGCGUCAAGUUCAGCAUGGACGCCAAGUUUGUCUUGUCCGGGAGUGAUGAUGGUAACAUUCGGUUGUGGAAAGCGAAUGCGUCGGAUAAACUGGGAACGACGACGAACCGUGAGCGGAAUGCCAUGAACUACACCAAAGCAAUUAAAGAGCGGUACAAGCAUCUUCCCGAGAUUCGUAGAAUUGAUCGUCAUCGCAAAGUACCGAGAUCCAUUGCCAAGGCCAAAGAAAUCAAGCAUACCAUGACCGAAUCCAUUCGGCGGAAGGAGGAAAACGAGCGGAAGCACAGCAAGCCUGGUGCUGUGCCCUACAAGGCUGACAGGCAGAAGAAUAUCAUUACUCGGGAAAAGUGAUCUACCUUCAAAGCACCGUUCUUUUAUGUACAUAGCUAACUUGGAGUAUGUUGCAGAUAGUGGAUUUAUUGUAGUUUUAUGUAUCUGAAUUGAAGCAGCACGCUACUAUACACAUAACAAUAGUCAAGACUUUAAGUUAAUAGGUCGGAAAAUCUGGAUCGAUUUCACUCGCCCA